GAUCUCUACGAAGGUAUCUUGAAAGCACUUAGUGAAGAAGAUGAAAAUGAACAGGAAGAAGUUAAACUCAAGCAGGGCUUAAGUGAACUCCCUGAAAUUUAUGAAUUGCAUCAAGACAUCCUGGGAGAACUGGAAGAAAGAGUCCUUAAAUGGGAGGAACACCAGAAAGUUGCUGAUGUUUUUCUCUCCAGAAAGUCAAGGCUGAAUCACCACACAGCAUAUAUCAUGCAGUUUGAUAGAAAUUUGGCUUUGCUAGAUGAAACCUGCCUUAAAUAUUCCCAACUGGCUACUCUAAUUCAGGAGUUUGAGCAGAGCUCUGGCGGCAGCCCUCGAAGUGUGAAACACCUGCUUCUGAAAGUGGUACAGCGUGUCUUCCAGUACCGUGUGCUGCUCACAGAUUACUUGAAUAAUCUUUGCCCUGAUUCUACAGAGUAUGAAGCUACACAAGCUGCCUUACUCAUGGUUUCUGAAAUGACGGACCGAGCCAAUGACAGCAUGCUGCAGGCGGAGAACUUGCAGAAGCUGGUACACAUUGAGCACAGUGUGAGAGGGCAGAGCGGGCUCCUCCAGCCAGGAAGGAUGUUUGUUAAAGAGGGAACACUGAUGAAAGUCUCUGGCAAAAACAGGCACCCUCGGCAUUUGUUCUUGAUGAAUGAUGUUCUGCUGUACACAUAUCCCCAGAAGGAUGGCAAAUACCAGCUGAAAAAUACCUUGGCUGUGUCAGGCAUGAAGGUCAGCCGCCCAGUGACAGAAAACGCCCAACAUGUCCUGAAGAUUGAAUAUGAUGAAUAUUGCCUGACCCUGUCAGCAAGCUCUUGCUUGGAAAGGGAUGACUGGUACAGCUGCAUCAGCAGACACAUCCCAGAUGACUACAAAGCUCACAACACUUCCACUUUCCACAGCAGCGUGGAGCUAAGGGAAAGGCUUGGAAUACCCUUGGGUGAGAGACCUCCUACGUUGGUACCUGUGUCCCAUGUCAUGAUGUGCAUGAACUGUGGCUGUGACUUUACCCUCACUUUGAGGCGACAUCAUUGCCAUGCCUGUGGGAAGAUUGUAUGUCGAAAUUGUUCAAGAAACAAGUACCCUAUGAAGUACCUCAAAGAUCAAGCAGCUAAAGUCUGUGAUAGCUGCUAUGUGGAACUUAAGAAAAGAGGUAAGAUUCCUUCAUCCUUGAGAAAACUAACAGACCCGUAGCGGCCACUAAGUGUGAGCUUCCCUCCAACUUCACCCAGGUGUCCAAGCAGUGCCUUCUCCUCUGUCUUUCACAAUAUUCAUUAUUCAUCUUUUAAGAAACACAAGAAGAUCCCUUCUGCUCUUACAGAGGUGACAGCCUCAGGAGAGGGAGCUACCAUCAGUGGUUACCUCAGCAGAUGUAAGAGGGGCAAAAGACACUGGAAGAAACGUUGGUUUGUUAUCAAAGGCAAGGUCCUCUACACCUACGUGGCAAAUGAGGACAAAGUUGCCACAGAAAGUUUGCCUUUGUUGGGUUUCACCAUUGCCCCAGAAAAGGAGGAAGGAAGUACUGAUACAGUUUUCCAUCUCUACCACAAGCAGACUCUCUUUUAUAGCUUCCGAGCAGAGGAUAACUCAGCACAGAGGUGGAUUGAAGCCAUGGAAGAAGCAUCCAUAUUAUAG